AUGAACAGAAAAAUUCAUAUUCGUUUACACAUUGGAGGAUAUUGGGCAGCAGAUGGAACAUACAAUGGUGGUGAAACAAAAUGUUGUAGGAUUGAUUUUGAAGAACCAACUUUCAGAAUGCUUGAAAGUAUGAUCGCUAGUGGCGGUUUUCCAGAGAACAUGAAUAAAUUCUCUUAUUUCCCGUCUGGACUAGUGGAUCAGAGUAGGAAAGAUGUAUGUUGUGAUACAGAUGUGGUGGAGAUGGUGAACGCCACAAGUGUACUGGAAAGCAUAAAUCUUUUUGUUGUAGGAGCCGAUGAUCCUUAUCUCGAUGAUGUUCUCAUUGGAGGAGACGAAGAGGAGGAAGAACCGAAGAGUGAUGAUGAAUGGACGGACUUUUACAGAGAUGAUUAUGUUGAGAGUGAAGACUCAGAUGAUGAUGAGGGAAAAGUUGAGUUUCGAGUUGGCCAAGAAUUUAUUUCACAAGCCAAGUGUAGAGAGGCUAUAGAGAAGUAUGCAGUGAAAGAGAGGGUUAAUAUCCGUUUUCAGAGAUCAGAGAGGAAGAAAGUAGCAGCAGGGUGUGUAGCGGAUGGAUGCUCAUGGAGGCUAUAUGCAUCGAUCAAUAGUAGGUCACCUAAUAUGGUUGUUAGAUCGUACAAAAGUACUCAUUCUUGCUACCCUACAGGAAACGUUGCUCUCUACACUGCUCCAAAGAUAGCUGCUGAUUUUCUAAAUGAGUUUAGGACAAACCCGAACCUCAAAGCUGACCAAAUAAUGCAGCGGUUGGCUCUUAAAGGUCUUCGUGUUCCUAAGACAAAAUGUCAGAGUGCAAGGCAAAUGAUGUUGCACAUUAUCAGUGAUGAGUAUGCUGAGCAGUUUACAAGGAUGUAUGACUAUGUUGAAGAACUCAAGAAGACAAAUCCUGGUUCAACGGUCAUAUUAGGUACAAAAGAGAGAGUUUUUGAGAAGUUUUAUACUUGUUUCGAGUCUCAAAAAACUGGUUGGAAGAGUGCUUGUCGGCGUAUCAUUCACUUGGAUGGAACAUUUUUAAAAGGCCGAAUGAAAGGGCAAUUACUGACUGCAGUAGGAAGGGAUCCGAAUAACCAAAUGUUCAUCAUUGCUUGGGCUCUUGUUCCUGUGGAAAACAAGGUGUAUUGGGAGUGGUUCAUGGAGCUACUGCGAGAAGACUUAGGUUUAGAUCUUGGAAAUGGUUUAGCAUUAUCUUCGGACCAGCAAAAAGGUUUGAUACAUGCCAUCAAAAACGUGGUUCCUUAUGCGGAGCAUAGAAUGUGUGCGAGGCAUAUCUUUGCCAACUUGAAGAAAAGGCACGGCUCAGUUGAUCCUCUGCAUAAGCUAUUUUGGAAGUGUGCAAGAGCUUACAAUAAGCAUGUCUUUGAGAGAAAUCUAGAGAAGAUGAAGACAGUUAAACUUGAUGCAUAUGAGGAAGUGAAAAGGAGCGUGAAGUCAAACUGGUCUAGGGCAUUUUUCAGUGACGUUACAAAGUCUCCAGCUGUUGAAAACAAUAUUAGCGAGUCUUACAAUGCUAUCUUGAAAGAAGCUCGUCGAAAACCAAUCAUUGCAUUGCUUGAAGACAUUAGGAGGCAUAUUAUGUCAAGCAACAAUGUGAAGAUCAACGAGAUGAAUAAUUUUAAGGGAUUGAUCACACCAAAAGCAUUAGCUAUAAUAGAGAAGCGCAAGAGGAGCCUGAAAUGGUGUCAUCCAUAUUCAAAUGGCAGAGGCAUUUAUGAGGUUGAUCAUGGAAGAAACAAGUAUGUUGUUGGAGUUAGAGACAAGAUUUGCUGCACUUGUCGGGCCUAUGACGUAAGUGGCAUUCCUUGCUGCCACAUCAUGUCUGCAAUGUAUGCUGAAUAUAAAGACACAAGAUUACCUGAGACUGUUGUUUCAGACUGGUAUACUGUUGAGAAGUGGAAGCUCUGCUACAACUCCCUUCUUUUUCCUGUCAAUGGGAUGGAGUUAUGGGAUAAACAUUCUGAUGUUAUUGUCAUGCCUCCUCCAGACAGAAUAAUGCCAGGUAGACCUAAAAAUAAUGACAGAAUCCGUGAUCCAAGUGAAAGAACAGGUUGUGAACCAAGUCAAACUCAAGAUGAGCCAACAGAAACACCUUCAGAAAAAAUUGUUGUGAAAUGUUCUAACUGCGGAGAAUCUGGACACAACAAAAGAACGUGCAAGCAACCACCGGUCAAUCCCCCCAAUCCACCCAAACCAUCUUCAGAAUUUCCUUCCUUUCAUGCCAACAUUGUAAUGACAUGUAGUAACUGUCGUCAAACUGGACACAACAAACGCAAUUGUAAGCUACCUCAUGUGCCCAAGCCACCAAAUAUGCGAGCAGGAAGACCAUCUAAGAAACAGAAGACAACCACUCAACUUGGCGAGUCAACCGAAGUAGGAGAAACAACAACUGAAGUUGGAGAACCAACCAUUGAACUUGGCUCGUCUUAG